CAGUAGAAGACUCUGUGAAGGUGGCAGCAGCAUCUGAGGAUAAGAGCAAGCAGCUGCCUGUCCAUGAUGUCACAUCCAGUGAUAUGAAAACCGAGGACAAUCAAGGACAAGCUGCUGUCUCAUCAAUGUCAGAGAGACAUGUGUCCAUCCAGACUUCACUAGAAGGCCUGGAGAUGCUAGUGGACUUAAAUGAAACUGGUAGAAAGUCUUGUCCGUUAUGCCCAGAGGAGAAGUUCAAGGCCUGUUACAGCCACAAACUGAAACGUCACUUGCAGAACCUUCACUGGAAAGAUGUUUUGUUUUAUUUUGUUUUGUAAAGUAGAAGACUCUGUGAAGGUGGCAGCAGCAUCUGAGGAUAAGAGCAAGCAGCUGCCUGUCCAUGAUGUCACAUCCAGUGAUAUGAAAACCGAGGACAGUCAAGGACAAGCUGCUGUCUCAUCAAUGUCAGAGAGACAUGUGUCCAUCCAGACUUCACUAGAAGGCCUGGAGAUGCUAGUGGACUUAAAUGGAGCUGGUAGAAAGUCUUGUCCGUUAUGCCCAGAGGAGAAGUUCAAGGCCUGUUACAGCCACAAACUGAAACGUCACUUGCAGAACCUUCACUGGAAAGUCUAUGUGGAAUUUGAAGGUCAGAGGAUGUGUAUUUGUCAUCUGCCAUGCAGACAGAUGAAGUCCAGCCAGGGUGUAGAUCAGAGUCCGGGCCGGAUGGUUGCACACUACCAUUGUGUGGUAUGCUCCGUCACCAUUGCCCGAAAAACAGACAUGAUCAGCCACCUCAAACGUCACAUCAACAAAGGCGAGACAGAAGCGAGCUAUUCGGGCACUUCAGAUACAUCGUUUGAGGAACCGGUGCCAGGUCAGGCAUAUGAGAUCAUGAAAGAACUAGGCACCAACGUGCAGCUCAUGCCCAACCACAGCACACCCAUGAAGACUGACACUUACUUCAACCGUAAGAUGAAGACCAACAGGCAGUUGGUGUUUUGUUCUCUUGCUGUUCUUGCUGAGGAAAGGAGUCCACUGGAAUGUCUGGAUGCAUUUGGAGCCACUGGUAUAAUGGGCUUGCAGUGGGCCAAGCACCUCCACAGUGCUGUUAACGUGACGAUAAAUGACAUCAACGAAGCCUGUGUCCGUAUGAUUAAGGAGAACUGCCACCUCAACCACAUCCAUUUGGAGGGGGAGCAGACAGAAGACAGCGACACCCCUAUCAACACUGUGGAAGUGACCCAGAUGGAUGCCAAUGUCCUCAUGCAUCUGAGAGCUUUUGACUACAUACACCUGGACCCUUUCGGCACAUCCGUGAACUACCUGGAUGCUGCCUUCCGGAACGUACGCAACCUGGGCAUCGUGUCUGUGACCUCAACCGACACCGGCUCACUUUACUCCAAAUCUCUGAAUGUGACGCUCCGCCAUUAUGGCUGCCAGAUCGUCAGGACAGAAUACUACAGAGAGCUGGCAGCACGCAUGGUGGUGGCCUCUAUAGCCAGGGCAGCAGCACGCUGUAAUAAAGGUAUCGAGGUUUUAUUGGCUGUGGCUUUGGAACAUUUCUUGCUGGUGGUGGUGCGGGUGCUCCGAGGCCCCACGCAGGCUGACGAGACGGCUAAGAAACUGCGCCAGCUGCUGCAUUGCCAGUGGUGUGAGGAAAGAGUGUUCCUCAAGCCGGGCAGUAUGGUGGAGGAGAAUCAGUACAGGCAGCUACCGUGUCAGUGCCAUGGCAGCAUGCCGGGGAAGACCGCAGUUGAGCUGGGACCUCUCUGGUCAGGGUCCCUGUUCAACACUGGUUUCCUGAGGCGUAUGCUGGUGGCAGCAGUGCUGCACAGCAUGGAGGACAUUCAGCCUCUGGUGAAGACUCUGAUCUGUGAGGCAGACUGCACCACACUCAAGUCCUUCUCUGUCACAGGCCAGCUGAUUCUAGCUAACCAAGUGGAGUGCGGUGUCGUCAUCAAAACGUUACAGAAGGUGGCGGAAACGGACACUGUUGAUCAAUCAGGUAAGCGGAGGAUUGGAGAUGAGUCCGGUAAUGUGUUGAAGAAGCUGAAAUCAGACAUGUCCCUGGAGCAUCCUGCAUUUUACUACAGCAUUCAUCGGCACAGCAUCCGUGGCAUGAACAUGCCCAAGCUGAAUAAGUUCCUGCAGUACCUGACUGAGGCCGGAUUCAGGGUGAGCCGCACACACUUCGACCCGACGGGAGUUCGCACUGACGCCACACUGGAGCAGUUCAAGUCCGUGCUCACCAAGUACAGCGUGCCGACCUACAGUUCAGGACCACCGAGCAGCCUCAGCACGGAGGACAUGACUGCCAAAAAGGACUAAACGUGGAGAACCCAAACAGCAAUAUUAGGAAUCAUCAUAAUAUUUUUUUUGUUGGUGUUGAAUAGGGUUGCUCUGGCAGUGAGAUGCCACAUAACUGCAGAGCUGUGUGUGUCCUGUCUGCUCAUAUUACUGUACUCUCUAGUACACCACCUACAUCAGUGGUUCCUAGAGAGCUACCUUCCUGAGGACUUUAGCUCCAACCAUAAUGGUGCCCACCAUUUGCUUUGGAAGUUUUUGAUCAACUAAAACAGAUUUUGGUUGGAGAUGAAACCUGCAGGAAGGAAGAACUCAAGGAAGAGGCCUGGUGACCACUGCUGUAGAGUAUUAUUGUACUAAACUGUACAGUAAAUACCAUGUCAAACUAUUACAUCAGUAUUGCUUCGCCUGCUAGCCUGUGCAGAGUUUCCCAAAAGCAUCGCAAGACAAAGAGCAUUGUUAAUGGUAGAGUGAGCAUCACACUGAACACUCUAUCUCUCCCAAUUAAGAUGAGUUUUAUUUUGGGGAAACUCAUCCUGUUUAGUAGAAUAGUAUUCAUAGUAAUACUUGGCUUACAGAGGUGACCACUGUUUGUGCUUCCUACUAUCUAGGAGGUGUGUGCUUUAAGUUAAGUUUAAUGCGGUGUGGGUUACUAUUUAGUACAGUUGUAUGCAUAGGGAUCCUAGUGCACUGAAAUUUUGUGCCAUGUUUGUUUUUCCUCGUGACAUGUAGUCUGUCAAACUGAGCCUGUGUGCUUUCAGUAUCUAAUGCCCGUAUUUAUUUUUUCCAUGUUGGAAUAUGAAUAUUUUAAGAGCAGUUUGACCUUUUUAUUAAGCUUGUGCUUUUCUGUUCCUUUAAAAAAAAAAAAAAUUUUUUUAUUGCAGCAGCCUCAGUGCUGCCUAGUCAGAUUUAUACAACAAAUGUUAAUUUUGCCUAUACAACAUAAACUCCAUACAACAUGAAUAAACUAUGGAAUGCUG